AUGGUAGGAGUAUUCAAGCGUUCUCUUUCAUUUCCCAAUAAAAUUCCCAAUCGUCCGCCAAAACCACCCCUCUCCCACCACAUCAGAUCCAUUAGUCUUCCCUCCAGAUCACACCCUUUAAUCUCCCAGCUCAGGGACGGGAUCUGCGAGCUCAGAAUUUGGUCUUCCAAAUCUGAAAACCGAACCUCCUCUUGGCUUUGCGAUGGCUUGACCCGUCUUAAAGACAUUCAUGAUUCUCUUGAUGAUAUCCUCCAGCUCCCUCAAACCCAAGAAUCUCUUCGUCUCCAGCCCACAUGGGUAGAGAAACUUCUUGAAGAUUUUCUUCGUUUUGUUGAUGUGUAUGGGAUCUUCCAAACGUCGGUUUUGGCUCUCAAAGAAGAGGAGCUUGCUGCUCAGGUGGCUACAAGAAAGAGAGACGAUUCCAAGGUUGCUUUGUACAUUAAAUCCCGAAAGAAAAUGGCUAAAGAGAUGUCUAAACUCGCCAACACAAUUCGAGAUAUCUCAAGAGGCUCGGUUCCUGAAAUCAAUAAAUUGUCUAUUACUGAUGCUGAAUUGGUCAAUCUAAUUGGAGACGUUAUUGAAGUGACAGUAUCAGUUUCAGUUGCCCUUUUCAGUGGAAUUUCUUUGUCAUUUGGUAGGAGAAAAUCUUGUUGGAUGAUGAAAUUGCCUAAAAGGGAGAAGAAAGUGAAGAUUGAGGAAGGAAUUGAAGAAUUGCAACAGGUAAAUCCAGAGAGCUUGUGGGGGUUGAGAAAGAAAGGAGAUGAAGAGGUGAGAAUGGUUCUGAAGAGGAUGCAAGAUUUGGAAGGCUGUAUUGGUGGCAUCGAAAGUGGAGGGGAGCAAGUGUUCCGGAGUUUGAUUAACACUAGAGUUUCACUACUCAACAGUCUCACGCAGUAG